AUGAUGAUCUUGCUGACCAUCAGUGUAGUUCUGCUCUUGUCAAGCACAUCAAAGCUCCAGUUCAACUUAUGGUUGUGUAUGGACCACGGAGUUGUUUUCCUCAUUUUGGUGUGUUUGAUUAACCAACCUCUUCGUUUGACCUCUGUUUGGUUGCUGAGAAAAGUCAGGAAAAGAGGAGAGACAUACGUAUUCAAUUUUUUGGAUGUGUGAAUGUAAUUUUUACAGUUCAAUGUGACAUCUUUUCGUCUGGAAUGUGCAAGCAUUGGUCUUCUGUUUUUGGUCCCCUUUCAAGGCAAAGAUGCAAAGAGUGAAAAUGAGUUGUUCAAACUGAAACACUCGUUUCUUGAUUAAAUUCAGUUGUUUUUUCUUUUUUAGUUUCCCUUUUGCGUUAGGAUUUCUUAUGGUCUUUGUCAGGUACAGCUAUGACUUUCGCCAUUCUUUUCUAAACUGUACUGUUUAGACUCUUGAAAAAUCUUGAAACUGCUGAGCCAAAAGUUUGAGUUUUGUUCAAUAGAAAAGUGCUCAAGUUUGAAUUAUACGAAACAAGGUGGUCCAGUACAAUUGAACUAAUUGCAGGUAUUCUUUUAAUUUUUUUAAUUGGGACGAAUAGCUUGGGAAGUGCCACGGAUUUCUUUUUCAUGCACUGUUCUUACCAGCCAACUGGAUGGUUUGUAUUAGAGAAUCCUUUUUGAAAAGAAUAUGCAGGUUUAAAGGGGAAUCAAUAGUUUGGUCAUUGGUGAGAAGAUUUGAUCAACCACAGAAGUACAAGCCUUUCAUCAGCAGGUGUGUUGUACUGGGAAAUCUUGAGAUUGGGAGUCUUAGAGAAGUAGAUGUUAGGUCAGGGCUUCCUGCCACCACAAGUACUGAAAGAUUGGAACUUCUCGAUGAUGAUGAGCAUAUCCUCAGCAUCAGGAUAGUUGGUGGGGAUCACAGACUUAAGAACUAUUCUUCAAUCAUUUCCCUCCAUCCAGAGAUCAUUGAUGGACGACCAGGGACUCUGGUGAUUGAAUCUUUUGUGGUGGAUGUGCCUGAUGGGAACACGAAGGAUGAAACAUGCUACUUUGUUGAAGCUUUAAUCAAGUGCAAUCUCAAAUCACUAGCCGAUGUCUCAGAGCACCUUGCAGUGCAGGACCGAACCGAGCCCAUUAAUUGUAUGUAAAAAAAUUCCAGACAAGAGAUGUGGUGGAGGCUACAGUUGUGAAGGAUGAAGCUACCGGGGCUUUUGUAUAUAGGAGGCUCAAGAGACCGACUGGCAGCAGUAGUACUUUCUUCCAUCUUCCAGACACUCUUGCGCUCUUUUUCCUUGUAGUUGUUAUGCUGUCUAUUCCUUUUUAAAUUGUGUGCUGGACAUCUUCAGUAGCUAAAGAACCACACUCUUAUAAGUUUCUCAUGCUUGUGAAUUAAAAGGCAAAGGAAGGAUUAUGUUUUCAUUCUAUGAUAUCGAGGGGUUUUGGCGGCGGUGG